AGGACAAGUGCAAGAUCGGCAUGGACGUGGCCGCUUCCGAGUUCAAGGUGGAAGGUGCAGACUGCUAUGACCUGGGCACCUGGUAUCCUGAUGCUGAGAAGACCCCGGAGCUGAAGAUGACGGGAGAGACGCUGGCAGACUUCUAUGCCGACCUGUGCAAGAACUAUCCACUGAUCACCAUUGAGGAUCCGUUUGAUCAGGAUGAUUGGGCGGCAUGGACCACAUUCACAAGCAAGGUGGGAGGACCGACUCAGGUUGUAGGAGACGAUCUGACCGUCACGAACGUGUCCCGUGUGAAGAAGGCCAUUGAUGACAAGGCCUGCAACGCCCUGCUGCUGAAGGUGAACCAGAUUGGCACUGUCUCCGAGUCCAUUGAGGCAGUGAAGCUGUGCAAAACCAACGGAUGGGGCGUGAUGUGCUCGCACCGCUCUGGUGAGACUGAGGACACGACCAUUGCGGAUUUGGCAGUGGGACUGUGCACGGGGCAGAUCAAGACCGGGGCGCCUUGCCGCUCUGACCGCAACGCCAAGUACAACCAGCUGAUGCGCAUCGAGGAGGAGCUUGGCGACAAGUGCAGCUACGCAGGUGAGACCUGGCGCAAGCCAGUGUGGAUGGCCUAGUUUCCGAAUUGUUUUGAAGCUUAGCCGAACUUCCGGGAGGUGCACCUUGCUACCUUUUGCCGUGCACUAGGUGGUUUGUGCACAAUUGCUGCUGCUGGCGCUGUUUGGCGCAAUGUGCUUCUUUUCCACACAUACCGUCAGCGACAGCUCUCUCAGACCACAGACC